GGGGUCGUUUGAUAACAGCUGAACCGUCUGAAAUACUGAACGAUUUAUUGCAUUAUCUUUUAGAUAACAGGACAUUAGGUAGGUUAUGCGUUGAUUGACGACGGAUGUCUGUCUAUCUCUGUUUUAUACCCCCAUUCAAUUCAGUCAAUUCAGCUGUAAUAAAAUGUCCACAAAAGCUUGCCGGUGGCUGCACCAAAGUCAUUUACAUUACAAAACGCCUACGGAGACCCCAAUGACCAAUAUACAUUAUGUCUUUUCUUUCCCUCUCAAAUUUCCUGAGAAAACCGUCAACCCAAACUCCUCUAUAAACCAAGAAGAGCAUUAACCUCUCUAUCAUCUCUGCAGCCAUCUUUUGAUGUUUUAAUUUGUCGAUUGAAUCACCCACUCGUUUCUCUCUAUCUCCCUCUUGUUUUCGAUACCCUUUCUUUGUCAUAUUGGGUAAUAGGAUUGUUUGUCUGGUUAAAACAUGAGAAACAGAGCAAAGAACGAAAGCAAGCUUGGCCGGUGCAUCAAGGCACCCUUCAGAAUUCUCUGCAAGGCUAGAGACUUCUAUGUCCGUAGCAUGACCAACUGCGCCAACAGUUACGGCAACGUCAUGGGUGGCCCUGCUGUACCAAUCUCCGACCUUCCCAAGAGCUUCAGCGUCAACUCGUCCAGAUCGAGAGAGGACGAUGAUCUCCGAGAGCUGAUUCGAGCUGCUUCCCGGAGGAGUCUGGAGAAUCAUAUUGAGAUGGAACUCAGACAGCAACUGGAACAACAACAGCAGCAGCAGCAGCAGCAGCAAAUGCACGGAAAGGUGCCCAGGAGUUUUAGCGUAGGGAUCGGACGAAUUGAUGAGGACAAGCCUUGUGAUUUCAGCCAAGACUUCAAGGUGAAGACUGAUUUGCGGUAUCCGAGAAGCAGAAGCUAUGCUGUUACAAAGAGGCCUGGUAUGUUCGUUUAGAACAGAUAUAUGUGUAGAAGGAAACAUAUACAGAGUCAGCGGUCAGGUAAUUCAUAAUUGGAAGUCUAAUUCUUUCGCCCUCCCUCUCUCUGUCUCUCUACCAUGCCAAGAUUGCUUUGUAGAGAGUUUCGUCAUAAAAGGGUUCUUAAUUUGCUUGCUUAGAUUUGCAGAGGAAUUGUUUGUUAAAUAGGCUGAUUGGGCUGUUCUUUUCCUUUAAAUGAUUAAAUCUCUUCCUUUCAACUUUUUGAGAAUACAACCAAAUGUAGUUCAGGAUUUGGUGUACAAUCUCUCAUUCGUGGAAGCUGCAGUUAUUGGUACUGAAACCUAAAUAAUUCUUCCUAGAUUUUUUUUUC